AUGGAACAAAGGAACAACGUGACUGAGUUUAUGCUCUUGGAACUCACUCAGAGCCUCCAGGGUCAGAAAAUAUUAUUUGCUGUGUUCCUGCUGAUCUACAUGGUGACCAUGGCAGGAAACCUACUCAUUGUCAUCACUGUGAUGCUGAGCCCAACAUUGGAUGCCCCGAUGUUCUUCUUUCUUGGCUACUUAUCACUAAUGGAUGCCAUUUAUUCCACUACAGUUACUCCAAAGAUGAUUAAUGACUUACUCUAUGAGAAAGGAACCAUUUCCUUCGAAGCUUGCAUGGCACAGCUUUUUGUAGUUCACUUAUUUGGAGGUAUUGAUAUAACACUCUUAGUUGUCAUGGCCUAUGACCGCUACAUAGCCAUCUUCAAACCCUUGCACUAUCUAGCCAUCAUGAGCCAACAGCGGUGUACUUUGCUGCUGCUCCUGACCUGGGUUGGGGGUCUUCUGCAUGCUGUUCCACAUGUCUUUUUUGUUUACCAUCUUCCCUUCUGUGGCCACAAUGUCAUCGACCACUUUUUCUGUGACAUGUACCCCUUAAUGAAACUCGCCUGCACGAAUACCUACGUUGUUGGCCUCAGUGUGCUGGCUAAUGAUGGAGUGAUGUCUGUGGCCAUCUUCAUAAUCCUGCUCGUCUCAUAUGGGGUCAUUCUGCAUUCCAUGAAGAACUUGAGUCAGGAAGGGAGGCAUAAGGCCUUAUCCACCUGUGGCUCCCACAUCAUAGUGGUUGUGCUCUUCUUUGUUCCUUGCAUCAUUAUUUAUGUGAGACCUCCCUCUACAUUACCGAUUGAUAAACCCUUGACCGUGUUUUAUACUGUAAUCACACCUAUGUUGAACCCCCUCAUUUAUACUCUGAGAAAUGCAGAAAUGAAAAGUGCCAUAAAAAAGCUCUGGACCAGGAAACAAAAUUGA